ACAAACACGAGGCAUCCACAGUCCUGAGCUGUGCAGAUUCAUACAAAUACACGGCGGCGGCGGCCAGACAGAAGCUGCGAUCUGCCAAACGCACAGACACACACACACACACACACACACGCGCCUGGCGAGAGGCAGUCAUAAGGAGGAAGGGGCACAAAGAGUCCAGCAGCUCUCCAGCACACACACACACACUGGACUCAAGCAGGAUCUGCACCAUGAAGACCAGACUCGGGUGCCUGUCCAACAAAUCGGACUCGUACAGCGACUUCUCCGAGUUCCUUCCUCCUGCCCACGAAACCACCGCCAGGUGUCUGAAACUGUCGACGGACGAGGUUGUUCGAUGGUCUGAAUCCUUUGAUCACCUCCUCUCUCACAAAUAUGGCCUGGCCGCCUUCCGGACAUUUCUCAAGACGGAGUUCAGCGAUGAGAACAUCGAGUUUUGGAUGGCCUGCGAGGAGUACAAGAAGAUCAAGAGCUCAGCCAAGCUGGUGUCGAAGGCAAACAAGAUCUUCAAGGAGUUCAUUGAUGUCCAGGCACCAAGAGAGGUCAACAUUGACUACCGCACCAGGGAAAAGACCAAGCAGAGCCUGGAGGAUCCGUCCCCGACGACCUUCAACGAAGUCCAGGCCAAAGUCCACGGCCUCAUGGAGAAAGACUCGUACCCACGAUUCCUCAGGUCCAAGAUGUACCAGGAAAUGGUGAACCGGGCGCACGCACAAGGCCAGCGGAGGUCCGUUUGACCAGCGUGGACAAAAAACAAAAAAUAAACUGGACCUAUACUGUAAACCGUUCAUUAAACCCUUUGACGAUGA